AUUGGUAAUGAUCUCUAAUUAGAAUAUCAGUGUUUCAGCAACUUUUGUCUAUGUACUCUAAUCCUAUCUAGACUCUACUAUAAGCGCUUACAGCAUGUCCAGCUUUGGAUACGGUGACUAUAGGGAUAGGGAUAUCACAGGCCUGAAGGGGACAGGGGUGGAUGCCAUACAGUUCCCACCUCCCUUCCCUCCCCUCUCCGCCCCCCACACUGUCACAACGUCCACUCCUCACAGUGUCACAACAUACACACCCUCACAAGGGUCACAACCGGCUGGACCCCCUCCCGAGGCCACACCCACAACCUCCCCCAUGGAGAACAUUUUUGGUUCAAUGGAUCGGUUUGGGCGUUUUGUGAUGACUGUCUCACGAGUGGGCGUGGUCCACUGUCUGGGCUACCCGUACAUUGCGUUUAGUCGGCAGUGUCAAGUGUACCCGUACAACUCGGUCCGUCCCAGUCUACUGGCUCCGCUCAGCACCACAGCUGUCCUCUACCGUAUUGCACAAUCACAGGGUGUCCAUGCUCUGUGGAGAGGCUGGAGGAGCAGUAUUCAACUUGUCCUGGUGAAGCCACUGAUUGAGGCUAUCCUCGUCCACAUUGCAGCCAGUAAAAAUGUCUUUAAGGCCAUCCUACUAUCACCCAUCUGGUUUAUUGGAUUCUUAGUGUUUCCGUUCAGGAUUUACUUUACAGCCACAACCCAGGCAGACUCAAGUCAAGAGGUAAUCUCUGCGAAGUCGUUACCUAAACAAGCUGUUGCUUACAUCUUUGUGAAGGGGUUGCUCCAGGCCUCUCUCCUCCCACUGGUGUCCUAUGUCGUGUCUGAGAUGGUUCGAAACACAGCUGGAGGAGUGCUCCAUACCCAGUCUCAGUUCAUGCUUGAACGCCCAUUCCACACCAUGGAUCAAUAUCGUCGUAUCCCCUACCUUCACCUCCUCCCACCCUCACUCCUCCACGAGGUCACAACAGACGCCCUCACACAUCUCACAGCCUCACUCAUCACAAGACACCAACGACCAGCCAACGAUGCCAUCACAGUCGCUAUGAAUUACCUAUGGAACUCUUACGUAUCCUCGUUUGUGACUGAAACGUUUCUGUAUCCCCUGGAAACGAUCCUUGUUCGAUUGUACUGUCAAGGCAUGCCAGGAUUGGUCGAUAAUGUACAGACUGGUUCAGACGUCAUGUUUAUAUCGACCUACUACAGUGGUGUAUUAGAUUGUAUACGAGAAGUUUGGAAUGCAGAAGGCCUGUGGGGGUUCUACAAGGGGUUCUCGUCUCUGUUGCUACGAUACGCAGUCCACGGCGCUCUAUUGGUGCUGCUUUGGAGGGUGGUGGUCUUUGCUAUGAACAGAUCUAAGAACACUAAUCGUAAAUGAUUUUGUGUAAUGUACCGAUUCUGUAUUUAUGUACCUGUGCUGUUAAAAUUUGUUCGAUCAGUCAAUUAAAUCUUAGAUUAUUUAUUGUACUGUGCUUAUUGUCAAAUCGUUAUGCAUGCCUUUCGGCUACAUGUUUUGCACAAAAGUUUAUUUGUAUAUAGCCAUGAUG